UCCAGUUGUUAAUGCUUUCUUUAGCUCCUCUCUCUCCUCACACACUCGAUCCAACGCGUGAGCAGUGAGCACACCAUACCGCCCCCCUUCUCAUUCGUGGCUCAGUUUCAGAGGGCAGUCACACCACCACGCUUGCAGGAGACCAAAAUACAAUUAUAACACUGGGCUACGAUGCGCCAAUGAACUCUCCUGCAUAGUGAGUUCAAAUGGCAGUUGUUACGCAAAAAUGAUUGAUACUGGAGGAAAAAUGUUCUAAUCGACCAAAUCGAAUACCAGAGAAUUGGAAAUGAGAGGAGAGCUCGGGCGUCUGGAGUCCUCCAGGCCCACUAUAAUGGAUACGCGCGGGAACCCAAACGUGAGGCGACUCUAGGAAUGAACAACAAUGACAACUUGCGAGGACAAGUGGCCAACAACAAACCUCAAUAUCAGGUGUGAUGCGUCUUGCCCCGCAGCCCAGCGCGCAAUCCUUGCGGCUCAUCAUUCUGCUGAUCCUCGUCAUGGGGGUGGCCCCGUCCCCGGCUCUGACGGCGGGAUGCCCGGCCCGCUGCGUGUGCGAUGACCAGCUGGUGGUCCAGUGCGCCGGGCAGCACCUCACCACCUUCCCCACCGAAAUGCCGCUGGCCACGCGGCAGCUCAUCAUCUCCAACAACCGUAUCAUGGAGCUUCCGCCGCUUCAGCUCAACUACCUGUCGGACUUGGUGUAUUUGGACUGUAGUAACAAUUCACUGACGGAGAUUUCGGAGUCCACAUUCGGGAACCUGCGGAAGCUUGCUUACCUGGACUUGUCCUUCAACACCUUGACGCGGAUAGAGGACAGGACGUUCGGGCCGCUGUCCAGCCUCGUGAUGCUGAGGAUGACUGACAACCCCGGCCUGUCGGACAUUCACCCAGACGGUUUCGCGGAGAACUCGGCGCUGCAGGUGCUGGACGUGAGCCGAAACAACCUGACGGUGCUCAACAUCAGCUCUCUCAUCGGGCUGCCAACCCUGCGCUCUGUCGGCCUCAGCGGGAACCCCUGGAGCUGCGACUGCGACAAUGAAGACCUCUGUCUUUGGGUCCACAUUGAGGGAUUCAAGUUUCAAGACGAGGGCCAGACGGUGUGCGGUGGUCCUCCUGACCUGCGGGGGCAGCGUCUGGGUGAGCUGGGGAUGCAGCUGCGGUCGCGGUGCCACCAGGGCCUGGGUUCAUGGGACUACCUGUUCUUCAUCGCCAUCGGCUUCGUCAUCUUCGCGGCGGGCACGGUGUCGGCGUGGGCCAUCGGGGUGGUCAUGGUGCUGUACGAACGCUAUGUCAAAAAGAAGAGUGAGCAGAUGGACCCCGAGGAUGAGGUGGAGCAGGACGCAGGACCUGGCACGAGGGGCGGGGGUCCUCACCAUGCAAACCCACGUGGCAAUGGAGAUUUGAAAAACACUAGUCACAUGGUGGUGUGACUCCUCCCCGUUGCCUGCCCACCCUCCCUACCGACUGUGCCUCGGAACCCAUAGAACUACAAAACCUGGGAUGUCAUAGGAUGGCAGACAUUAAGAAGAAACUCCAAAGUAGAGCACACUGGGAUUUAUAUUGACUCCCUUAUAAAAGACAAAUGAGAGACAACAGAGAUGUUCCUGACUGUCAUUGAGAUUGAGAGUUUAAUGGUCAUAGUCAUAUACACUGAGUGUUCAAAACAUUAGGAACACCUUCCUAAUAUUGAGGUGCACCCCCUUUUGCCCUCAGAAC